CAGGACUUGGAGACACUGCAGCGUUUGCAUAGGGACCUCAAGGGAGAAUUCCUUCUCGGACGCGUUCUUGCCUCCUGUGAGUUACUACCCAACCAACGGCAAGAAUGAAGCUCUUCAAGUUCCUCGCAACGAUGAUCUUCUUCUCCUUCAUGUUCUGCAGCUUCUCGGAGCAAAACCAGGUGGAUGUGCUGUGCUCGACCGAUUGGUUCAUGGUCACAGUCCACCCCUUCUUGCUGAAUAAUGAUGUGUACGUCCACUUUUAUGAGGUGCAUUUGGGCCUGGGAUGUCCUCCCAACCAAGUUCACCCACACUUCUACGAGUUUACCUACCGCGUGACGGAAUGUGGCAUCCGCGUCAAGGCCGUCUCUCCAGAUGUGGUUAUCUACAGUUCGGAGAUUCACUAUGCUUCCAAGACCUCAUCGUCUAGAUAUGUGAUCCCCGUGUCGUGUGCUGCCCCUCGACGGUCACCUUGGCUCACCAAGCCCUACUCCACGAAAGCUGGAAACAAUAACAACGCCGCGACCCCGAAGAAUGAGACGUCCUACCACGUGUUUAGCUUGCCAGAGCCGAGCCCGCAAGUUAACUGCAGCUGUCCGCCUUCUGUCUUCCAGCAAAAGAGCAUCUAA